AUGUCUUUUGGGCAAUCUGACUCAUUCACGGAAAGUGCAAUUAAUAACAAUAACACCAAGAAACUCAACAAGAGCAUGCAGAAUAACAUGGAUGGCAUUACCACCACUGCUGCCACAACUGGGUCGCCAACCCCACCGACGUCAUUGUCUCAUCCUGGCCUGGGCGAUGACAGCCCCAACCAGCCGAGUCUGGAGCCGAUGCAUGCGAUGACGUCAAGCAUGGGUACGCCGCGCUUUGGGCAAAACGGCAUUGUCAACAUGGGCGAUUGGAACUUGUCUCCCACCAGUCUUUCAAUUCCGCUAACUUGUCAUACUCCACCGCCCGCAGCAAGAUUUGGGCGCACCACGUCGGUGUUCUCGUCGUCAUCGCAGCGGUAUUGUCAUGAUCCGUACUCGUUGAGUGGGUCACAGCGACUCAGUCCGCAGUCAAAUCCUAUGAGUCACGCCGCGUCACCGUCAGAGCCCGCCAUUCCAACACUUUCGCUUGGCCCCUUUCAUGAUGAUGUGACGGGGCCACUGCCCAUCGUGACAGUUGUGGCUGCUGUGCCGAAGGAGCGGAACGAGACCCGGGGACGGCGCAAGGGACGCAAUGGUGAUCACUCGCGCAACAGCAAGGUGCUAGUCGACGUGCCACCGCCACGGGCCAUGCGGUACCUGCCACCCCCGCCACCAGGCAUAGACAACGUCACCAACGGAAUACUUUCGCUGGAACAAUUGCAAUACAUUGCAAAGCGAUGGUACGAUCGAACGGUUGCAGCUGAGCCUACCUACGGUCAGCGUCUUUCGACCUCUGUUUGGAUUCCCCCGUAUGCAUCAAUGGCACAGCAGCAGACUCUCAUUGCGACAGGGCAUGCAAUCCUGUGCCCACGUUUGGAGCAUUACCAGAACAGCUUUUGGCCGUGGCUGGCUGAUGCAGAGCAAUGGUGGGAGAGCGCCGUCCGUCCACACACGGGAAUUUCGCUACCCCUGCCACCCCCAUACCUCGUUGGCGCAUAA